UGGUCUGUACAGCAGCUUGAAGCUUUUUAUGAUAGCUAAACUUUUAUGAUACUGCAAUAAAUUUGCGCCCUGAAUCUAUGGGUCAAUACUGCUGACAGGACUUAAGGCAGAGAGAAAUUGAUGGCAUAGAAAUGAAACUGUCUAAAGGCAUCAUUCUCCUUUUUCUGGGAUUGUUUUUUAAGGUUGCUGUGGCAGGGUAUUCCACACAGGUGUACUGGUUAGAGCUUGAAAUCGAGUCAUCGGUGUAUGACUAUGUUGUUGAGCUUCUGAUGGAGCAGACACACAUAGACAUUGCUAAUGCAAUUGUAACAGACAUCAAAAACACAACAGAUUGCACACUGAAAGAUAAGAAAAAUAUUUGUUUAUGCAUGCCGGGAUACAAAUGGAGUGAGGACAUGUGCAAAAAUCAUGGCUGCUGCAAUAACAGCUGCACGCUAAAUCUUAAUGACAUUGCUGUGUGUCUGCCUGAAACAAGAGUAAGCAUCAAUGGAUUAACUGAAUUUAAUAGGGUUUGCAGGUAUUUAUGCUACCCAAGCAAAAAAGGUUCUCAAGAUUACAAUGCUGAGGAAAAGGAUAUUACUGAUAUGCUUCUGGAAAAAUUCAGCACACUGAAAAAUUUUGAUUCUCUGAUUAUCAACAGUUACAGGAGCGGCAGCGUGAUUGUAGAUUAUACGGUGCAGUUAAUGAGUUCAGUUACAAUUGGAGAGUUGGAUAAUUUUAUCCAAACACUGCCUAAUACUGUUCUGGUAACAACAGGCCUCAUCACUAUUAACGGUCCUCAGAAGGCAAUUGACAUCGGCUCCUCUGCAAGUAUAACUUGUACUCCACCACAAGAGCUGGGAGAGGUAAAGUGGUUCUUAACAGAUAGGCAGAACAAAACAACAGAGAUCACAAAUGGAAAAGAGGCCACCUUGAAGAAGAACGAUUUGAAGGACAUUGUUGAACUGUAUGACAUUUCAGGAAGCUGGAAAGGAACACUUAAAUGUGUGUACAAAAGAAGGUCCAUAGAACACACAGCAAGUACAGAGUUGGACAUAGCACUUCUGCCAGAAAUACAGGCUAUGAGCAUGCCCCAAUUUCCUGACUGUAGAGAUGUAAAUGCAGAAAGUGUGGUUGAAAUUGAGUGUAAAAUUUUAGAUGACAAAGAAAAUUACAGUGUUGCAUGGAAUACUAAUCUUACUAACACAAAAAUAGGACCAGAACGCCAGGGGAAUUUUUUAUCUUACAAAGUAAAGGUAACCAUAUUUUGUGGAGUGAAAACAGAGACAGAGAAUGUCAUGUGUAUAUUCACGAACACCAGAGCCGAAAAGAACAGAAUCAGAUCUCAGAAUGUGCAGAUUCCCAUCAUUUAUGUUUUCUUUGAAGAAGAAGGUGAGUGGCCCAUCACAAAAAGCAAUUAUAUGGCCACAAAGUCUUGUAAGGACACUGCUGUUGGUUUGACAAGGAGAAAUUGUACUAACGAAAGUUGGAAAAAGGAAAUCUCUUCUUGUGUGAAUGCAGAACUACAUAAAGUUCAACAGGCUGUAGAGAUGUUGGAUAAAGGCAUUGGCUUUAUUAAGAACGAUGCAGACAAACUUUUCAGUGAAAUACAGCAUUCAACCACUGUGGAGACAUUCAGCUCAUUUGCAAAUAUUAAUAUGUCUGUAGUCAUUUUCCGAAAGAUGAACAAUGUGUCUAUACAGCAGUUAAAUCGAUGGAAUGAUACUAUCAUGCCUAACUUUGUCAGCUCUAUAAGCAACACUUUGAAUGACACAAACGCCUGGAAAAAUCCUGAAACUGAAAACACAACUUUAUCUGUAACAUAUCUACACACUAUUGAGGAAAUGAUAAGGAACUCAAAUCUGACCUCGAAUGUUUCUCAAAGUUCUAAAAAUGUUAAACUGGCGCUCUGUAGUAAGGCCAAAGGGGAACAUUGCGGCGGCUUUAAUGCCAGCGUCAGUGCAGACAAUAGUGUUGUUGUCGUUGGAUUCCGGAACCUCCAUGAUAUUUUACCACAGUAUGAGGGAAGAAGCUUAGAGACCACCGCCUUGUCAGUUACCACUGUAAAUAAUACCAAUAAGAAUAAUUCCAUCUCUGUUAACCUGGUGUUCGAUUACGCUGAAAAAAGACUUCGGAAUCAUGAAAUGUAUUGUGUUUUCUGGGAUGUAAAUAAGAAUGCGUGGUCUUCAGAGGGGUGUACAUGGGGUGGUGCGGGAAGUCCAAAGUUGUGCACAUGUGAACACAAUUCUGCGUUCACCAUACUGAUGUCCCGAAGUGCAGAGACCCUUCCGUAUAUUAAGGAACUGACCUACGCUGGCUUAGGAAUAUCCGUCGUCUCACUUGUUCUGUGUUUAAUCAUUGAGUUUCUGGUAUGGGAUACAGUUGUAAAGUCAGACAUCUCUAAUUUUCGACACGCGGCCUUAGUCAACAUCUCUUUAUGCUUGCUGUUGGCACACUGUGGAUUUUUAGCAUCAGCUGUUCCGAAUGCAUUGCCCCCAAACUGGUGCUCCUUCCUCACAGUAUUUAAACACUUUUUUUUCCUCGCCGUCUUCUUCUGGAUGCUGUGCUUGAGUUUCGUGCUUCUUCACCAACUGAUAUUUGUCUUUGACCAGCUGCGGAAAAAGGUUUUUUUGGUAUUGUCUAUCUCUGUUGGCUAUGUAUGCCCAUUAAUAUGUGUGGCAACAACCUACAUUACUUUCGAGAACGGUAAAGAAGAGGAAUACUAUUCCAAAGACACCUGCUGGCUCAAAUAUCGGGGUGUGUUGAAGGGCUCCAUCUUUUCCUUUGUAAUUCCUGCCAUAACUAUUGUGAUUGUAAACCUUUUCACGCUGGUUGUGGUGAUCAUGAAGAUAGUAAAUCCUACUGUGUCAGAGUCGAAGGCUCGGGACCAAAAGGAUGUUGCCAGGAGUAUGAUUAAGACAAUAGUUUUCCUAAGCCCUGUCCUCGGAAUAACUUGGCUCCUCGGGAUUUUGGUGCUGUACUUUGAUCUCACACAAAAACCUUUUGCCCAAAUUGUGGGCUAUGCAUUUACAUUGUUAAAUUCACUGCAGGGCUUUUUGAUACUGCUGACAAACUGCGUGGGAGAGAAAAAGGUUCGUGAUGCACUUCUGAAGCGUUUCAAAUCCAAGCAAUUAGUGCAGUCUAAAACUGAAAGCUCAACGAAAGCGACAUCUUCAGUUAUAAUGAAAUAAAGAUUGAACAGAUUAAAGCACGUGAAUGAUUUAGUCGAUGUCUUCUAAACGUACUGAAAGACACGAAACUCAUGGGAAACUUGAAAAACAUCAUGGAUUAAAUUCUCUCACAUUCAACAGCUAUAAAACAUUUAGUUAACUAUUUUCUAGAACACUGUACAAUCAUCUGUGAUAUUGUAGCCCGUAGGAUUUAAAUAUAUGUAGAUGUAUUCACGUUAGUCAUAUUUAUGAAUGCGCUUAGUUUGAAUGUAUUUAGGGUGAGUAAGUUUUAUUUCUGAAAAUGGUUUAUUCAAUUCGAUGUAUAUUCGUAUUCAAGUAUAAUUAUGCUUGUAUGUCUAAAGCCUACUUGGUAUUACUUAAAACUGGUAAAAGUUAUAGAUGAAUAUAAAUUUUGGUGUAUAAUUUAGUGAAUGAGUUAAUUUUUCUUUAUUCAGUUUUAUGUUUAUUUAUGUAAAUAUAAUUAAGCUUUUGUGUCUUUAGACUAUUUGGUGUUAUUUAAAAAUUGGUUAAAGUCAUAAAUAAAUAUGAAUUUUGGCUUGUAAUUUAGUGAAUAUGGUCAUUUUCAUUUUUGAAAAUGGUUUAUUAAAUUUUAUGUAUAUUCAUAUAAGUAUAUUUAUGCAUUAUACAUAUAUAUAGCCUACUUGGUAAUUUUGGCUUAUAAGUUUACUGUCCUCCAAAAAUGCUUUCUUUUAUGUUUUACAUUUCAUUUAGAUGUACAACAAACAUUGCAGAUGUUGCCUAUAAGCAUCCAUUAUUUUCUGUUUUGCUCUCAUUGCAUAAUAAAACCUACUUUUUAAUGA